AGGCGGGCCGACUGGGCCUGGCGUCUGCGUUGGCGUCGCUCCCGCGGUGGAGCACUAGGCCGGCCUCCCUCCGCGGGCCCGGGCUACGGAGCCGGCGGCAAAGGGCCGCCCGCCGUGCGGCGUCGGCUGUGGCUUUGAGGUCAUUGUGUCCAGACAGCGACGGCGGUAGAGGUUUCCGUGACCGCGGGUGCGACGGUUUUAGCCCUGCGCGGGUUCCGCGGCUGCCUGGAGGGGCCCCGCAGCGCCCACCUUUCCCCUCCAGGACCCCACGCCAGCAGCGACCCUGAGCCGACAGCCGGAGCGACCGGCAAUGGCGGCCUCUACGGCCUCUCACCGGCCCAUCAAGGGAAUCCUGAAGAACAAGAGCUCGGCGACUUCCCCCAUGGUGGCCUCGGCCGAACAGCCCCGCCGGAACGUGGAAGAGGAGCUGAGUAAAAAAUCCCAGAAGUGGGAUGAAAUGAACAUCCUGGCAACAUAUCAUCCGGCAGACAAGGAUUAUGGUUUAAUGAAAAUAGAUGAACCAAACACUCCUUAUCAUAAUAUGAUAGGUGAUGAUGAAGAUGCCUAUAGUGAUUCGGAAGCCAGUGAAGCCAUGACUCCAGAUAUCUUAGCUAAGAAAUUAGCUGCUGCUGAAGGCUCGGAGCCAAAGUAUCGAAUUCGGGAACAAGAAAGCAGUGGAGAGGAAGAUAAUGACCUCUCACCUGAAGAGCAGGAAAAGAAGCGACAAUUUGAAAUGAAAAGGAAGCUUCACUACAACGAAGGACUGAAUAUUAAACUAGCUAGACAAUUAAUUUCAAAAGAUCUACAUGAUGAUGAGGAAGAUGAAGAAAUGUUAGAGACUGCAGAUGGAGACGGCAUGAAUAUUGAAGAAUCAAAUCAAGGAUCUACUACAGCUGGCCAACGGCAAAACAAAUCAGGAAGUUCAUAAAAAGAAAUUUGUUCAACAUUGCAGUCAUUUGUCAAAUGCAAACCUUGUUACUACAGACAUUGCUUCUUGUUCUCUACAAUUCAUGACUUAAGUACCAAAUACACACCAAUUAUAUAUUGCCAAGAAUUAAAUGAUAACAAUAGAGACUGAUUAGAUAAAAAUGCCUAAUUAAUGCAUAUAUUCUUGUGCCUCAUACUUCACCACAAAUACAAUGUAAUGUCAUUAGUCCAAAACUGCUUUACUUUUGUAAGAACACUGGUUAAUUUGUAUAAGAUAUUAUAUAGCUUUUUAUGCUUUAGAGAUUAAAUAAUGUCUGGGUGGGCUAAUUUAUUUUUGCCACUUCUAGAUAUAGCACCUCUUAUAAAAGUUUGUUGAGGGAGGGUUGGUUAUUAUUAUUAUUGUUUUUUUUUUGUCGAAUGCCUAUCGGCACUGUGGGGUUUAUAUGUGGAUAAAUAUUCAGGCUGAAAGGAACUUUUUUAACACGUCUUCAAUUUGUUUUGGCUUAUAGAGAAUGAUUGUAAGAGUUACUGUUGCAUUUUCUGAUCUGUGACCUUUAAAAUUCCUAUUGACGCCAGGCAUGGUGGUGGCACAUGCCUUUAAUCCCAGCACUUGGGAGGCAGAGGCACGCGGAUCUCCAUGAGUUCAAGGCCAGUCUAGUCUACAUAGUGAGUUCCAGGACAGCUGGGGCUACAGGGAGACACCGUCUCAAAAAGACCAAAAACAAAAUUCCUGUUGACGUUGUGUUUGCAAGAAAAGAAUUGGAAAUUUUCUCAUUCAGACUAGCUUUUUUUCCCCCCACAAAUAUCAGGUUAAAGUUGCACUAGCGUCUGCUCUGAUUGCUCGUUUGGUACACCGGGCAGGCUUCAGAUCCAUUUUUAAUACAGCGUCGCUAUGUCAGCAGUCCUUUUGUACCUGUCUUAACAUCUUGCUUUUGUUUCCUACUCCUUUGUACCUAUACACACACAACUAUAAAGACUGUAAUACAGAACAGCAAAGGUUGUUAGGACAUUAGAAACUCUUCUUCCUCUCACAUCCUUUGCCAUUUGCUGCAGUAAUGAAAUUCUUGUUUCGACUGUCAGCACCUGCUAGUUCUACUACAUGAAGAGAAUAGAGUGAGGAGUAGCAGGCAUACAGGCAGGAAGUGCAGUUCAGCUGCUUGACCUCUCUGCCCCUCUGAUAAGCAGCUUGGCAAUUAAAUUGCUAAUAUUAUUUCAUUUGAUUUAAUUAGAUCUUAGAAAACAGUUAACUGAGGCUUUUUGCAUGAUGAGAGAAUUGUAUGUAAUUAGUCAUAUGAUUGUUCCUGAAUGUACAGACAGAAUUAUAUCUGAACGUUGUUUUUUAAUUUAGAGAUUCUAGGUAGUCCCUGCUUUAAGGGAAUAUGAUAAUACAUACUAUGACAAAUGAACUUUAUUCUUCUAACAUGGUAGAAAUUACUUGGUUUUUUUUUUUUUUUCACUGAAAUGAAGUGUAGUUCCUGUGUGUCUUGGUUUAGUGAUGGCUUCAUUUCUACUUAGUUGUGUCUUAAUUUUUUGGUAGCACCAAAUGAAAUAUGUUAUAUGACAGACUUUUAAAAUAACUUCUGUAUAUUAUAUAUAUGAAAUUGCUUUUAUUGAACAACUUAUCUUCCACUUUAAAUUUAUGGAACUAUCAUGUCAAAAUAAAUAAGAACAAAGUAGGUUAGAAGAAUGUGUUUGAAUGUCAUUCCUUUUUAAAUGGGAUAUAACCAAAAUAGUUCUGAAUUGAAGGUGCAGUAUUCUAACCAAACAUGUUAGGUGGUGAUUCACUAAUUUGCACACUAAGCAAUGCCUGUCUUGACCUUUGUCAUUUAAACCUGUUUGUGGUGGCAUGGAAAUUAGGCCUGUGCAUACUUGACUAUGUUCAUGCACCUAGCCUUCUGGUUUUGGUUUUCUUUUUUGAGUUCUUAGAAAGUGUCCACAUAGUCUUUAUAUUUGUUGAAGUAGCCUAUUGUACAGUGAAGAAAAGGUAAGGCUUUUAAACAUCUGAUUCCUUUAGUGUUUCCUAAAA